AUGUCACAUUUUUGUUAUAAUCGUGGUUGUCAAAAAAAUUAUACAUUAACAAAUGAUCCAUCAAUAGAUGAUGUAGCUUGUCAAUAUCAUCCUGGCUUACCUUAUUUCCAUGAUGCUUAUAAAAUCUGGUCUUGUUGUCAAAAGAAAUCACAUGAUUUCAGUACAUUUCUAUCUAUACCAGGUUGUACACGAGGUGCUCAUCUAGGAACUAAGCCCGAAGAACCAGUCGCUCCUCGUCCUAGUGAACAAGAAACACCACCUAAACCUGUUGUCCGUCAAGAAUUACCCAAACCACACAUACCUACUGUUGAACGACCGUCAAUAGAUACUCCAUUAACUACUAUGAAAUUCACUGUUGCAACAAGUCUUCAAACAGCACUUGAUAAAUUAACUAAUACACCAAAAGCUGAUGGUACACAAAAAGAACAAACAGGUGAUGAUAUUAAACCUGGUACUCCAUGUCGACAUUCAACAUGUACUGCUCAGUAUACUACAGUUGAACAAGAACAAGCAACAUCAUGUAGAUUUCAUCCAGGUGUUCCAAUUUUUCAUGAAGGUAUGAAAUUUUGGUCAUGUUGUCAAAAGAGAACAACUGAUUUUGAAGCUUUUACUAAUCAACCAGGUUGUACUGAAGGUGAACAUUUAUGGCGUAGUGAAGCUCCACAAUCGACCGAUGAAGAUGAUCCACAAGUUCUUAAAACAUCAUGCCGUUAUGAUUUUCAUCAACAAGGUUCAUCCGUUGUUCUUAGUAUAUAUUCUAAAAUGCCACGUCCAGAUCAAACAAAAGUUGAAUUAAAUGCUGGUCGUUUAAAAGUUGAUACAAGAUUUGGUACCGACAUAAAAACCAAACGUUUUUCGAAUGAAUGGGAAUUAUAUGGAUUAAUUGAUGUUAACCUAUCAACAGUUGAAUUAUUGCAGAGUAAAAUAGAAAUAAUUCUUAAAAAAGCUGAACCACUUAGUUGGUCAAGAUUAGAUCGACCAUUACAAUUAAACUAA